UACUUUUUUCUUCGAGUAUGGUGGAAGGUCCCGGUUGCAAGCUGAACGGCGAGAAGAUCAGCAGCCGAGUUGCCCCUGGCCAAGUCGUGAGGUGUCUGCGAGGAACCGCACUGAUUGCUGGAAAUAAGAAUUUGUGCCAAGGUUUCUUAAAGGUGCUUAAUGGAUGUGUGUACCGUGGCGUGGAAACUUUGGGGAAGGAACUUUUCAUGUACUUUGGAGAGAAAGCCUUAAGGAUCCACUUUGGCAUGAAUGGUUCUUUGCGUAUAAAUCCAGAUGCCAGCCAAAACAGAAGAGUAGCACUUGCAGUCUUAGAAAUACAAUUUACUACUGAUUUGAUUUGUUUCUGCGAUGCAACAGUAGAGCUUAGGAAUACUGUUGAAUGUGAACAAAAAAUUAGAAUGCUGGAAGAUUUAGAUGUUUGCUGUUCAAAAUUUAGCUUCCUAAGAGCAGAAAGUGAGAUUAAGAAGCAAAAGGGCCGUAUGUUAUGUGAUGUGUUGCUUGAUCAGGCAGUCCUACCCGGAGUGGGAAAUAUUAUAAAGAAUGAAGCACUUUAUGACAGUGGUCCGCAUCCAAUUGUUAAAGUUUGUCAAUGAACAGAUAAGCAAAUAUGCCACUUGGUGAAAAUGACGUGGGAUUUCUCACUCCUCUUUUAGAAGUGUCGCAAAAUGGGAUUGGCAUUAAGUAAACACUACAGAGUGUACAAACGCCCCACCUGCCGUGAGUGCAGGGAAAAGAUCACAGUAUGUCGAUUAGGAGAGAACAACAGAAUGACCUAUUUCUGCUCACAGUGUCAAAAGGACAAACCUCAGAAUGGGGAUUUGGGCAAACAUCCAAGAAAAAAUAGUUUAAGUGGCUGGCAAUUCAGCAGGGUGUCUUGUUCUAGAGAAGAAGUUGCUCAGAAGUCAGAAGAGGAGUGGGCCUGUAUACUCUGCACUCUAAUAAACAAGCCCUCUGUCAAAAUAUGUGAUGCAUGCCUGACUUCAAGGCCCGAAGUUCAAAAAAUUGAAAGUAAUAAAGGUUUAACAACAUGUAAUAGCUCCUUAGUCAAAUAUCCAUGUAAUAACUUCGGAAAAUCAAGAAUGGAAAUUAAGAUAAACAGGAAGACUGCAUUUGGGACAGCAACUCUGGUAUUGAUAGAUUUUGCUGGUAAAGACAUUCUACUAGGACGUAACAGAAGUGAAAGUCGAACUCCAGAUGGAGGCUGUCUGCAUGAUCCUUCAAGAAGCAAUUUUAACAGUACCUACCACUAUGAAGUAAAUUCAUCAAUACCUUUUCCCCAUCAAUAUAAUUCUUUAAAGCCAGCAUCAAAGAGACAGAAAAUUGAUUGUUCAACUUCAUCUGUUGGAAGCCUCACUGAGAAAUUUACAAACAGAGCACCUCCAGAUAAUAUGACAGAUGGCUCUUGCACAUUAAAUGCUGGCAGUCCUCGCUGCAGUAAACACAGUCGCUUCUGUGUUCUUCGCAUUGUGAGGAAGGACGGAGAAAACAAGGGCAGGCAAUUUUAUGCUUGUCCUUUGCCGAGAGAAGCCCGGUGUAACUAUUUUGAAUGGGCAGACCUGCAUUUUCCCUUCUGCAAUCAUGGGAAGCACUGCAUUAUGAGGACAGUGCUGAAGAUUGGCCCUAAUAAUGGAAAGAAUUUCUUUGUGUGUCCUCUUGGGAAGGAUAAACAGUGUGACUUCUUUCAGUGGGCUGAAAAUGGUCUAGGAAUGAAGAUUAUCCCAGGAUGCUGAGCUAUUCAUCUGCAAUAGACUAUCUGACAUUAAUCUUCUCAAACUGUGUGUGCUAUACUGCUCUUCUGUAGGAGAUAUUUUAGGAGGGUUAUGAUCAAGUGGCAUUUUGUGAUAAUCCAUCUGUAUUAUAUAUUUGAAGGUUCCUUCUUGU